GUUGCCUCGAACAUUAAAAAUAGCGUGCGACAAUAGCUCGAACACUAUUUUUAGUGUCCAUCAUUAAAUGUCCAAGCACUCUUAAGUUUCUUUUCAACGUAAAAACGGCUCCUUGCGUGGUCCACGCCGUUGAGACUACAGCGCAACGCAUACCCGUCUACUUAUCUAUACCUAGCACGCCGGGAUCGAUAGUAGACACCUAUCGCAUUCACUCACUACCAGUUUCUCAUCUGAUCGCUAGUGACUGUUUUAGUUACCGCUAGAUUUUUUUAGUUUAGUAAACAAGGGAACAUGUUUUAAGAUAUAUAGUAACAUGGAAACUAGUGUGAAGAGGUACAUUAGGAGUGAUUCGGCCAGUUGCGCACAUAUGGUCGAGGAAAAUACGGCGAACAAUAGAAAAAGUGUCGACCCCCACGAGAAGUUAAAGGCACUGUUGAAUUCACCUGACGAGGACACAGAUGACAGUCUGCCGCCAUCGGACGCGCCCAAGUUCGGCACCGUUAUACACAACAGGAUUUUCGUUGGUGGUUUCUCGUUGACCACCACCGACGAGGACCUGUGGAAGUUCUUCUCUGGCUUCGCAACAGUGACAGCUGCCAGGGUGAUCUACGAUAGAGCUGGUGUGUCCAAGUGUUAUGGUUUCGUGACAUUCGCCAGUCCCAGGGUGGCGAGGUUGAUCGUAAGACAGAGUGGAGGGGUAAUGUUCUCCCCAUUAGGACGCCUGCGUGUGGCACAAGCAGUAAGGAAGCAGAUGAGCCAGCUGCCAGUCCUCAGCUCAGAAGCCACGCCGCUCCAGGCCCCGCUUUGCUACCAGCUGCUGUGCGCACCGCCGCUGGCUCCGCUGCCCGCCUGUGCGCCUUGCGAGAUACCCCCACCACCUUACGCCGUAUAUCCAUUACCUUUCGAGACUACUCCAGCUAUUUACGGUCCACCAACGCAAUACACACUCGUGCCAGCACCAUACACCACGCCGUGCUGUGAGCCAGCCUGCUGUGCUCCCCUCGACAAGCAACCGCGCGUACCUCCGCCACCGCUACAUCCCGCGUUUAUUUACUAAACUGUUAAUCUAAUAUUGUGAUGUAAUACUGAUGAACUGUCUAUACAUAACUGUACUUUACUAUCACUUGUAUUAUUUGCUGUUACUUUGACAGUAAUUACUGUAUUAGUUAUUCCGCUAUCGAGAUUAACAAUAAGAGCUUCUGAAUCAACGGGUACAUUUCUGAUGAGUUGUGUUCGAAUCCGUUCCUUUUGCUCAAGUCUUCCAAUCACGGUCAUGCUCAAUCAUCCUUUAUUUCCAUCACUCCCCAUACCACUUCCUGUUUUAAUAUAUUGUCUGUGACUUGUUAAUGGACAUUAAUUGUAGAAGGUCAUGUGAUGCAAGUGUUCAUGGAUUAGUAAGCUCGUGUCUAUUGGAGAGUGUGUUUUCGAAGAUUUUGUAAAUGAAUGUUUGAUUGCUUUUAUUUGUAUAGACGAUUAAGGUAUAUUAGCUUCAAACAGGUAUUUAUAAGGACGAGAGCCGUGGAUUCGUGUGCUAUCAAUAAUGUUAAAGCACUAAAGUUUUGUAUAGGUGAGACAAAUAGUUAUUUUAAACAAUUGCUUUGGGUAAAUUCAUAGAUUUAAUAUGUAUUACAUCAUAUUAAUAUUGUAUCAUUAUGAGUAAAUCUGUACAAGUCAUGUUUUAAAUUACUUUGGUCAAUUGUAUUUUUUUUUUUGGUCACUGCAGUAAACAAUUUAGAAGCAUGGAUAGAACAGUUUGCUUCACCUAUACAAUUACUAUUGUUAGUAUACAAAUGUGCAUAUGCACAACGAAUUAAGCACAAGAAGAUAAGUUGCUAGAUUUUAGAAGACGUUCAUUACCUCUGAUAAAAGACAGAUUUGUUGAUAUCGCUUGUUAUCCUUUAAAAGGAUUUUUGUUUACCUUUAGUGUAAGAUUGUUUUCGGGUGCCCUAAGAUCUAGAACAGAGAGUAAACCUAUUUUAUAAAGAAUUUUAGUUUAUACACGUUGUUGUUUGUCAUUAAAAAUCUGGGGUCCAACACCUGUUAGAGAAACGUGAUCUAUGAAAUUAUGUUGUUAGAAUGUUGUCGAAUAAUUUCAAUGGAAAGAUUUUGGCAUGAAGGUGAUUACAAAGUUUACUAUUGUGGAGUUGAACAGUUUUAGAAAUAUGCCUUUUCUUAGGUUUUACUUUGCAGAUUUACAGGAGAAUUAUUUAGAAAAAAAAAAACUUACUUGUUAAAAUAAUGUCCAUGUCCUCGAAUAAAAUAAUUCUUUUGUCGCUGUGUGAAUACAACUAAAGUUCGAAUUUGUUCUGUAAUGAAGAUCACUUUACAUUGUUUAAUACCUAUAAGUUUUAACAUUACAAUUAGAUGUUUUAAAACGAUGUAAGACACGUAAUUCGUCAAGAAUGUGAUAUGGGAUAUUCAAUAUUGUAGUGUUAGUAUAAUUUCCUAGUCUUUUAUAGUUUAUAGAUUAUUUUUACCGAAUAUCGAUGUUACCAGCAACAUUGUAGUACCUUAUAGGACCAAUGAUGAUUUCUAAUACCUACUAAAUGGAAUCAAAACAUCUUUGUAGUGUUACGUAAAAUAAAUCUCUUAUACGUAAAUUUAUAAAUGAAUGGUAAAUAAUUUUCAUUGUUGUGUCCUAAUAUCCUUCACUUAUAGGCUCUUCCAAUAGAGUGUUUAGAUGCAAGCUAUACUAGUAUUGGAUUUCUUAUAUUCUGUUUUAAUUCUAUAGUAUAUAUGUAUGUUCAAUAUAUCUUUGAAAUUCUACAUACAAUGUUUUUAAUUCGACGUUCAUUUUCAUUAAGUGUAAGUGUAACAAUAAAAAUUUUAGCUAUAACUUUCCAAGUAAUUGGAAUCUGUAGAAUUAAAACAGGAUUGUCGGAGGCGUUUUUAGUCCUUCAUCUUUGAGUGUCCUUAGAAAUAUGGAGGAUCGCAAGCUUCAGUCCGAAAUGGGAGUAUCAUUAUCGAAUAGCUUGCAUAUGGGUCAGAGCAUUUCUAUAGUCUGUCUUUAGACGUAAGGCUUUGUCUCAAUUACUACUACUACAUCAUAUACGAUUAGUGUUACUGAAAAUGCUGUCAAUUUGUCGUCUUGAAUUUUUACGACUAUUAAUUGUUAGAUAUUAAGUAUAGUACUAAAUGUGACUUGUGAAGCUUCAGUGCUCCAACUUUCAUAAUUUAUUUUGCUCCUAUCUUUAUAAAUUAUAAUUACGUUAUCUAUAAAAUUCAGUGUUACAAUUUAAAGGCUGUUACGAUGAUCUUCGUUAUUCGUGACAGUUACAAUAUUGAUGCUAUUAAAAAUAUCUAUACACAAUAUUGUGUACGAUGUUGCGGAAACAGAAAUGACAAUGUUAAGUAUAUCCAAGCUACUUUAAUUUAAGAUCUAUGUAAGCAUAAAAUCUAUAUCACGUAUCAUGCUGCUUUUGUGAUUUCUGGUAUAAAUAUGUAUUUAGAUGACGAUAAAUGUUGAAGUUUUUAAAUGUUAUCCGAUAAGAGUAAACGAAUAAAGUUCGUUCGGUAGUUUAGACGUGUGAUAUCAUGUGUAGUGAUUGACAAAUUUGAAAUGGAUGUCUAAAGAAGUGGUAGCUUUAUUGAAAAGACCUUUUGUGAUAGGCCGAUGAUUUUAGGGACAUGAAAGGUAUCGAAUACUCUCAGAUAUGUGACUGUUUUAUAUAUACUCAUUUUAUAUUUCUGAGUGGUUGAAAUUGACGAGAGAUAAAAUGAGAAUAUCGGUUUAAACACAUAUUUACAUCCAGGAUUAUGUCAAACAAUAUUAUGUGGCCUAGUGACUUUACUGCCUGACAUAUCGUAUGUAAUGAAUCAGUAUGCUAUAGUUAUUUAUUUUUUGUAAAACUUAUCUUGUAUAUAACUCUCGCUAGAUGGAUUUAGAAUUGUGAAAUCAAACGAUGUAAUUUAGACAAUAUUACUCUAAUUUAGUGUAGGCAUAUUUUUAAGUAUUAAUAUUUAUCUGUAAUUUUAAGUAGUUCAAAAUGGUCUACUCGCAUAUUUGUCUGUUUGUAUGAGUGACGAUGUUGACUAGAUACUUUGUUGUUAUGACGGGAAUUUUUUGAGAAAUGUCUUCAUUUAAUCGUUGGGACAUCUGCAAGAACUGAGCAUUAAAAAUAAUAAUGAAUCAGAGCGAACAGUAGUUUACUAUCAGUGUGCUAUUAAAGCCAAAUUAAGUCGAACAAAAUGUCACGUCUCUAAAUAGGUGUAUCUUUUUUAUUAGAAUUAAGAUUUUCAAUGAUGUCAGUCAGAUAUAUACGUCUAUUUGUGCUAGUUAAAGGGACAAUUCUGAUUGUAUCGAUACAUAACGGUGUAUCAUUAACAAACAGCGACUUGUUAAUUUCAACUAUUAUUUUAUUAUUAGCUUAUUUAACAUACGCUAAGGUGUUUCACUCUUCUAUACCUUCAAAUAUUUCAAACGCAUGUAACAUUCUCAGUGUUUCAGCAAAAAGUGUUACAGUUGCAUCUCCGUCUCCAAUCUAUUGAUACUUAUAUGGUACAGGGAUGAAGACAAUACAGUUACGUUGUUCGGAGAGAAUUUAUUUUGUGUAGAGUUGUUAUCCUGCGAGGAUAAAAUCAAGACGUCCAUGUUAUUUUCUGGCUACAAUACAGAAGAGUGACAAAAUUGAGUAAAUAUUUAUCCAGAUAUUGUAUGGCAUUGUCAAUAUGAUUAUGUACGAAACUAAAAAGCUCAGUUCAUAAUGUAACUUCACAAAAUUCACGAUUAUUGUGUUUCGAAAGUUAGACAUUAAGUGCAGUCCCUGGUAUACUCGUAAGAAGCAUAAUACCUAAGUUAUUGGGAAUCGCAUGGGCAUCACCAUGAGUGUCAUAGUUGUGGUAUUCAUAUUAUAUUGUUCAUGUCUAUACGCAAUUACCUUUCAUCUGUGGACUGCUAAACUAUUUGUCUUUCCAAUAACGUAAAGAAUAGGUCAUACCAGGAAAUAAUUCUGAUAAUAUUAAAAUUUAUCAUCAAAUCUGUUAUUGAAGGAUGUUUAAUUAAGUUAGUUAUAGCACAAUUUUGUAUUUAAUAAAAGGCAAAAAAAAAAAAAUGAACGUAUCUAUUUGAUCUCCAAUACGUCUAAUAUUUUAGACUCAGUACUAGAUAAUGUAGACGACAAACGUAUUUAUCUUUCUUGAGGAAAUUUUGACUUAAACCAAGCUAGAUAUAUUUUGCAAAAUCGUUAUUGAAUGUUUGUAAAUGGCAUCCAUGAUUGUCCAAAGUACAAUGUACUGCAUCUUUUAAAUAUUAUGUUAAAUAUUUUUGUUGAAUUUUGAAUUGUAUUUGUGAACUGUCUACAAAUUGACGUUAUGCAGGUAAACAUAGAAACAUAAUAUUCAGAAAAUUAUAACGAUUGGGAUUUCAGAAUCCAAAAAGAAAUUAGCACUCUGCUGACAAUAUACAUAUCUUAUAAAGCCUAAUUUCGCUUUAAAAAGUCAUGACUCUAUUUUUUUUGUAAUAUAUAUUUUGUAUAACAACUGCUGUUAUAAUCAUUAUUUGAGUCAUUAUUUCUCCAUUGUUAAACAUCUGCUUUAUCUUCUAGUAUAUUAUUAGAAGAUUCCGAUUCACUCCCCAAGAAAAAAGGAACUGAAAUAAAUAAAUUUUCAUUGAUUUUAGGAUAUUAUUUAAUUUCUUGAUUGUAGUAUAAUCUGUGGAUGUUAGUUUAUAAGCAAAACUCUACAUUAUAUUUAUAUGAGAGACACAAGUUAUAAUAAAGUUAAUUAAUUGUUUAGAUAUACGUAUAAAAGCAAGUUUCAGUUUUGUCAUCAAGAAAGAUUCCAAUUGCACUGAUUAAUAAAAUCAAGAGAUUAAUUGCUGACUUUUAUAAUACAAUUAUAAUUGGCAUAUCUACAAAUGAAAAACUCUAUAACUAUUCCUUUUAACUCUUAACAUUAGAUUAAAAAAAAUAAUUAUAAAAGGAAGAGGGCCAAGUAUAGACCCCUGAGGUACACCCUAUAACUUUUCAAUCAAAAAUCAAGACUAUUUGAUCAAGACCCAUGACGUCAACUUGGAAACAGAAUCAAUUUUGAUAAACCUUUACAAGUUUAUAAACCAACAUUUUGUUAUAAUAGUUUUACCCUUUUAGAGAGUCGUACAUUAUGCGAAAUAAUUUAUUACUUAUAAAAGUAUUU